CUGUCAACGCCAAAUAUCGAAGCAGAAAUGUCAACAAUGGCCUUACGUGGUUAUUCAGUAUUAGAGUUUAGAAACGAUAUUGCGUUAUACAAUGCAAUCUAAAUUAUUUACACUGACCAACGACGCCGAUAGCGAGAUUUUAUCAUCCGUGUCAUGUUUCAGUAAUUACAGCCAUGUUGUUUUUAGGUAGACGCAGUACAACGGAGAAAAUGAAGUGCGAUCCGAAAAGGCAUUUAUACACAAAAAUGAUAUUAGACAGGUGUAAAACUGUGCUCAUACUGUCCAGUGUGGUGUGUAUGUUAGCUGUAGUGAUAUCUUUACAUAGGUUGUUAAGUUAUGAUGUGAAAUUCACGAAGCCGUUCGCACCCAUACCGGAUGGGCUGUAUGGUAAUUAUUUGGAGCCUGUUUUGGAUGAGACCCCCGUGCGGUCGCUGCCGAAACAUCGUGACACCGCCCGGGACGCCGAGGCGGUGGUCUCGCUAAACGCAGCGCUCGAAAUGAAACGCGUUGGUAAGUCAGAUAAAGCUUUAAAAUUAUUUCAACAUGCAUUUGCGUUGUCUCCAAAACAUGCCGACAUAUUAAAUCACUACGGAGAGUUCCUAGAAGACACCAAGAAGGAUAUAGUAAAGGCAGAUCAACUGUAUACAUUAGCAUUAACAAACUAUCCAGAUCAUACUGGAGCUUUAAUGAACAGGCAGCGCACAGCAAGCAUUGUCGAGAACCUAGACAGGGAGAUGUUAAGGAAAAUCGAAGAGAAACGAGAUGCAUUAUCAUCAAUACCAGAGAACAGUGCAGCACUUCGUAGAGCUAAGAAGGAAGCAUACUUCCAACACAUAUACCACACUGUUGGUAUUGAAGGUAACACAAUGACCCUGCAACAGACAAGAAGUGUCUUGGAGACUAGAAUAGCAGUAUCUGGCAAGAGUAUAGAUGAACAUAAUGAGAUCUUGGGCUUGGAUGCAGCCAUGAAAUAUAUAAAUUCCACUUUACUGUAUCGUUUGAGGGAUAUUACUAUGGGGGAUAUCCUAGAGAUUCACAAGAGAGUCUUAGGACAUGUUGACCCUGUAGAAGGUGGUCACUUCAGACGGACCCAAGUGUAUGUAGGCGGUCACAUCCCCCCAGGCCCAAUGGACAUACGGCACCUGAUGACUCAGUUCUUAGAUUGGUUGAAUUCAGAAGAUGCUUUGGACUUACAUCCUGUAAGAUACGCAGCUCUUGCCCACUACAAACUAGUUCACAUCCACCCAUUUAUAGAUGGCAAUGGACGCACUUCCCGACUGCUAAUGAACCUGCUACUCAUGCAGGCCGGGUACCCGCCCGUCAUCAUAGCGAAACAACAUCGCCAUCUCUACUACCAGCAUCUCCAGACUGCUAACGAAGGGGAUGUCAGACCAUUUGUUAGGUUCAUAGCGCAGUGCACGGAGCGGACCCUAAACCUGUAUCUGUGGGCGACGAGCGAGUUCGCGCAUAUGGUGCCGGCGAUAGGGGAACCGCACAUCCUCACUGGCGAGGGGUUUGAAGACGAUAUGCUAUGACAAAGGCGAUGCGCCACGGCUAGCUCAAAUUAUACCUGCCAAUUUAAGAUGGGGUUUUAGCUUCCACUUGCCUGCGGGCGGGCAAUUUCCAACGUGACAUAUUUAUUUGGUAGUGCUAGGAAACCUGAAAUGUACCUAGAUGCUAUUGUAUAUUGGAGUGAAUAUUAUUCAAAUUAUUUCGAAUUAUGAGUAAUGAAUUUGUGUGUGACACAUUGUUAUACCUAUAUUGUAAGGGAGUGAUGAAUUAUCCUGAACACCUAUAUUUUGUACCUAUACUAAGCCAUGUUCAUUGAGCAACGCAUGAUGCUACAAAUAUAUUGUGUUGGUAAUGUCAACCUCUAGAUGGAUGAUACACUAUUAGAAUUCAAGGGAGUCUAGAAGGGAUGGCUGCCCUACACUGAAGUAUAAUAUACAACAUAUAAAAAUGUUGAAUUUAUUUUGAUCUUCAAUAGGUAGGUGAAUUACCUAAACAGUUGUCUGUUAGCAAUUUUACUAAAAUUACUUGAAUUGGUAUAUCUCGCAAUUUUCACUGCCCACAAAAAAGGUAGUAAGUUAUGAAUAAAAUAAUACAUAUUUGUACAUAAUAUUGUAAAUACCGUUUUGCUAUGAUUUAUCUUUGAUUACGAAUGAUUAUAAUUUAAAUAUAUAUUUUAUUACCAAUAACCAGUAACCGAAUUAGUAUAGUACCUUCUAGAACCGCAAAAAUAUGAAAUUAAAAUGUUUAUAUGAAAAAAAGUCCUUUUCUUUUUAAUUUCUAGAAAAAUAUUAAUGUUUAAUAUAGUAAUUAUUGACUAUAUUUAUUUUGUUACUCUCUAAAAACGACACCGAGUUAAAUUUGAUAUAACCAAAGAGUAUUUGUAACCAUGCUCCCCCUAUUUACACGCUGUGUGUUUUAUUUAUUGGAAAUCACUAGAAAUGUUCUGUGAUAUUAAUUUCAUUAGUGUGUAAUUAAGUAUAAUCAAACGUUAAAUUAUUUAAAUGUAAAUAUGAAUUUUAUGUACGCGCCAAUCGGAAAGGGACACUAACAGGGGUUUUAGCUGUAUUAUUUAUUGUUAAGUUAAAUCUUGCGCCAAUAUUGUUAACGUGAUUUUUAGCAUUGACAUAUUAUGUAUUAAUACUAUAACACUAUUUGCUAUGAAAUACUCAUUCGGAUAUCACAAACAAUUGCAGCUUAUUUUAAAUGUAUUUCAGUUUGAAAUAAACUUGCUUACUAUAAUUAGCGUUAAUGAUAAUAUUAUAACACUGAAUAAGGAAUGCGCUUGUUAAGAAAAGAUGAGCGUAGCCAGGGGAGACCGGGGGGCCUCACUCCCUGGAUUCAUCACAAGUACAUACUGUUCUAUGUACGAUAGCGUACUCUUUAUGAGUAUAUGAAUCUAUAUAUAACUUUAUUCAUGGAUCAGUUUUGAGGGCUCAAUUUGAGUACUGGCCUACGCUCGUGUACUACAGACAGGGUAAUUUUAAUAAAUUUAAUAAAUCAAACAAACAUUGCGUUAAUACAUCAAACCACGUACUUGUGUUUACCUCAGCUAACAUUGUCAAAAACCAUCCAUGACAUGAAUAUUUUCACCAAAAAUGAGUGUAUUUCUGAAUAAAAGUGUAAUGUUGGCGUUGUGACAAAUACUCUUAGAGUUGAUAUUUGUUUUAUUCGACACUUAUACUUUUUAUUUUACAUCUACGUCGAGUAACUCAAGUAUAAAAUAUGAUGAGUGGUAUUUUCAAGAAGAGAAGUAGAUGGUUUCAUUUAGUAACGCAAUCUAAAAAUUACCAUGUAUAUCUAAUCCUAACUAAAAUAUUGAGUUCUCGUAUGUGUUCGCUUGUACUUAUAUUUGUGUUGUCUUCCAGUCUCGCUUUGGCGCCGCGAGGGCAACAACGACCUAUAUCUGAUUUACAAGUCUGCCGAUUCUAUCUAUUUAUUUAUUUUUAAUGAUUAUGAUUUUAUCUAAAAAUACUGCCCAUUUUGUAUUGCGAAUAUGGUUUCAUUUUAUGUAUGGGGUCUUCAUGAAUUCUGUAAAAAAAUGUGAGGUCGUUUUUGCACGCGUGGCAUUUUGUAUGCAUAUAUUGUGGUGCAUUUCUACACCAGUACAAAUUACUAUUCUAAAUACAAUUUCCUAAUCAUUGUA